AUGAUUGCCUGUGAGGCAAAGUGGAAAAAAGAGGAGGAAGAUGCAAGUAAACAUGAUGAAGAAUUUACGGUUUACCUGGGAACGGUAGAUGUGCUAAUCAACAAUGAUCCCGAAUUACAUCAACUCGAAGCGGCUUGGGGGGUAGAAUGGGGGAAAAUGGAUCUAACCACUACUCUACCCGAGGAAAAAGCAGCACGUCCCUGGACAUAUAUCGACUGGCCUUGGCUACGCUCCUACCUCUCACCUUUAAUGGAACCACAGAAGCGCGAGGAUACGACGCAUAUAUUGCCCGUAUACGAACCGCUUCGCGACAUCCGCGUGAUUGACGUUGAUCAACGCUGUGUUAUCCAGCUACCGCAAGGUGCACAAUAUGUUGCACUAUCUUACGUUCUCUCCUUUCCUGGCAACCUAGAGAACAUAGAUUUGGCGCUCACGAUAUUGGACGCUAUGACAGCGUGUAGGGAAUUGGAGCACCGAUAUUUGUGGAUCGACCGCCUCUGCAUUGUUCAAGAUGAGAUCGAUGCGAACUCCAUCGAGUUGAAGCACAUGGGGAGUUUGUAUCACCAUGCAGCAUUUACUAUUGUUGCAGCGGCGGGUUCGAGCGCUGCAUGUGGCUUGUCCGGCAUUAGCCGUGCAAGACAGAAACGAGAAUACCUAGACCUACAGAACGGACUUAAAAUCGUCGAACCUGCACCAGAUCUGCCAAGAGUCUUCUCAAAAUCCAAAUGGAAUCAGCGCGGCUGGACUUACCAAGAGCAUAUCCCAUCUUCGGUUUUGGUCUUCUUUACCGACUAUGGGCUCUACAUCGAGCAUAAGACACCCCUUCAGGAAUAUAUCUCUGCAGAGGCACCUGGUUCGAAAUGGCGCAUAGAAUCGGGUGUCAUCGAAUAUUUUCUGGCUCAUAUCCAGGAGUAUAUGGAAAGGACACUGAAAAAUCAGGCUGACGUCUUACAAACCUUCUCUGGUCUACUUGAAUCAAGGUAUGGCCAUCGGACGUCUUUUGGCCUACCUUGGGAUAUCUUCAAUCUUGCAAUCCUCUGGGUGCAGAAUGAAUCUUGUCCCAAACCACCAAUAACCAUAGGGACGGAUGUCUUUCCUACAUGGUCAUGGAUAUCAGCGAGGAGUGUAAAAUUCCUGCAGUAUAAUUGGGACAUAUGUUCUCUUGCAUAUUGGUGCACAACAGUCCAGAGUGAUGGUACAAGUACCAGGGUAGCCAUUGGCGGUUCACAUGCGUCGUGUCCAAAUCUUCUGGUGGGACUCGCAUGGGCAAAUGGCUGUAUACGUUCUACACUACCAGAGUACUUCAAACUCGACUGUUCUAGGGAAGACUAUUCAGCUCGGCUGCAAGAACGAUCGUCCGACAACUCACUUGAUUAUCGACAGGAGGCUUUCCAGGAGUAUGAUGAGAAAGAAUUAUUCAAGGACAUCCCCGAAGAACUGACGGAAGUACCCGGACGGAUAAUGGUUCAUACACAAAAAGCUUCAUUUACGUUAGACUGCACUCCUUAUGGAUCUCACGAGCAUCCUAUUCUUAUUCGAAGCAAUGGGAGAUUUGCAGGCGUAGUUCAUGCAGAUCAGAAUGCAAGGGAAUUGAUCAACACUAUCAAUCUAGGACAGUCCCGUGUUGACUGCAUAGCCCUCUCCAUGUCUCAGGAACAUACGUCCUAUAUCAGUCUUAGCGACAUUUACUUUACCGAACUCCCAUCCAUUAGUGAAUUUUACGGGUGCCCUUGUUCUCCCAAACAAGAAGCGGAUAUAACAACAUCGACGGACCACGUUGCCGAGUUCCCAAAACAUGCGGAUUUCCGAGAAACGGUAUCCGUCUACCAUCCUGGUGCCACUGUUGCUAGGACUGACUUGUAUCAUUGGGAUGUUAGUGAGAAUAACAUCAGCAAACUUUAUAUUAAAAACGGGGACUGCGGAAUAGCACUGUCCAAACAUUUGUCCGGUCAAAGUUACCUCGACAUUCACGGAAACCUGCUCCGUGUCUUCGAAAUGCCGCCUUGCUUACAUGUAAUGUUCAUUAUACCAAGCCCUGUUCAGGGCAAUGUCGGUACCGUUUACCAAAGACUGUGCCUCGGAACAGUUUACCUGAAGCAAUGGGUUGAAGCAUCACCAAAAUCCGAAAGCAUUGUCCUCGAGUGA